AUGUCAAUUGCAAUUGCCCACAAAUGUCGAAUAGCGAAAAAGUGCUCCCCACUAAUAUCGUCCCGUUUUAUAUCUGAUUCAGUAGUUUUCACACCAGUAGUGCGAUCUUCGCCGGAAACAGCCCAGCCCAAACUGGAAGGGAAAUUGCGUGUCAAACUUCUCAAAAGUCCGUCUCAUUUGGGCCACUUUACAAGCAGAGUGAAUCGACCAUACAACGAGGACAAGUACAGUGCCAAUGUUUUGAACAUCAAGGGUAAAGAGGUCUUCAAUUUCAAUAUUUUUGACGGACAUGGUGGAGACCAAUGCAGUACAUACCUAGCAGAGAACUUGUCACUGAAUGUUGAGAACAGCGACGAUAUGGUGAAGAAGAAAAAAGCUAGAGAAGACCUAGUUAAAAAGUAUGCCAAGAAUGUGGGGGGGUACUGGAAGCGGUGGUUUAAGCAUCGAGAAAAGACAUUCGCUACAUGGCAAGCGGACAAACUACCUAUCAAGGGCUUUCAAAAGGACCUCGAAAAGAACGACAUUCUGUUUCGGUUGCCUCUUUCGUUCCUCAAUACAGAUUAUGAGUUCUUCCAAAAGGAACAACAGCUGGGGUCUACAUGUACGUCAGCAUUCUUUCAAACAAUCUACAAUAAUCCGGUCAAAUCCCUACCUGUAAUUGAGAACUACUACUUCAACCGGAACACCAUUUCCUUGUUGACAAUAUCCCACGUGGGCGAUACAAGAGCUAUACUAGUUGACAAGAAUGGGUUGGCAAAUGCAUUGACAGUAGACCACCACCCUCUGAAUCCAUUGGAAAACAAACGACUUCGAAGAUAUGCUGCCAAUUUUUUCAUGACUGACUCCUUUGGAGAAGAGCGAUUCAUAGCUUUGGCAAACACGAGAGCAUUUGGAGAUGUCAGUUACAAGGAAAUGGGGGUCACUGCAGAGCCAGAAAUAACUCAGUUGGUUAUUGGAGACUCCAAAGAAAUUUCUCAAAAGCUCACAUCUGACGAAAUCAAGAGAUACACUGUUGGUGGGCUUGGUGGUGAUGAGUGUUUUCUCGUGUUGUGCACAGACGGAGUAACUAACGUGUUGACCGAUCAGGAAAUUGCAGACAUUAUAAUGACACACUAUAAAAGACUGGGGCAUGUCAAGGCUACUCCGCAGUACUGUGCUCAGGAAGUUAUCAAUUUCGUUGAGUUUGUUGGGGGUGACGACAACGCAACAAUCCUCGUGAUAAGACUAAAUGGAUGGGGCCAUUGGCCCAAUAUAGAUAGAACCGGGGAGUUGAGACAACAAAGAUUAGACGACUACAAUCCAAGACGAAACAGUGGUUGA